AUGGAGGCACAACCGCAGAAACGCGACAAUCAUACUCCAUCAUGCGCUGUGUGUCAGAGGCGCAAGGUGAAGUGCGAUCGAGUGUAUCCCUGUGCGGCAUGUACGAAGUCGGGGCUUGAAUGCGCCUUUCCGCCACCUCGAAAUGGGAAACGUGCGCGGCGGAGUACCACGCACCAGCAUGGUCCUCAAAUGCAGGAACCCGCAGCAAGACCUCCCUACUCAUCGGCUCCCCAUGUGGACCGUGCCACUGCAGGGUACUCUGGAGGCAUGAGGCACGGGAGCAAUGAGCUCCCUUCUCCAGAGUCGACGAUCAGCACAGGUACGAAUAAUGCUCGGCUGGUCUCGGAUGGCGCGGGUUAUCGUUAUGUCAACAAUCACCUCUGGAGCGCUCUUUCUACAGACGGCCAUGCCGACGGGAGAAGUCCAGGUGCCAGCACAGAAGAUCACAAGUCCAGUGGUGCUGGCUCGCGAUCAGGACACGCAAUCUACGAAGACAUCGCUCGCGGCGGCGACGAAGGCUCCGAAGGUCGUAGCUUUUUGUUCGGCAAUGCUUCAUCAGAUUCACGAUCAGUGGCGGAACAGCCCGUCCCUCCUGCAAAUCAUGUUGUCUUCUUGUGGCAGACCUUUCUUGCUAACGUGGAUCCGGUCAUGAAGAUCUCGCAUGCUCCGACGAUUCAACCCAUCUUGCUGGGCCAAAUAGGACGGCCAAACAUUCCUGCAAACGAGAAGGUCCUGGUGUCUGCAAUCUACUUCAUCAGCACUGUCUCGCUUACAGAUGAGCAGUGUGUAGGCUCACUUCAAGACACGCGUGCAAAUCUGUUAAAGAGGAAUCGGAUAGCCACUGAAGCGGCCUUGUCUGCAGCUGGCUUCAUUACGACAACCGAUACGAUGGUCUUGCAGGCAUUGAUACUCUACCUCGCAGCUCUACGUAGUCUUGGUGAGGUUCAGACGGUCUGGUCACUGUUUGGGCUAGCGAUUCGGAUAGCAGGGACCAUUGGGCUCGCCCGAGAUGGGACGUCGUUCAAUUUGUCGCCAUUCGAGACAGAGAUGCGGCGGCGCUUGUGGUGGGGAAUCGUCUACUUCGAUGGGCGAAUGGCCGAGCUCGUAGGACAGGACGGAGACCUCAUGGGUAAUGACUACGAAGCGGCGCAGCCAUCGAAUCUUAACGACAACGAUCUGUUCCCGACGAUGUCGCGCUUUCCCGAACCGCGCAAAGGUCCCAGCGAUGCUAUCUAUCUUCAGGCCAGAAUUUUGAGUGUGACCGUGGCCAGACGGCUGCAGGGUUUGGCUGGACCGCAAGGAACGUGGCAUAAGCUGAGAGAAGCCACAAUGUCAACCCGCGAAAAGCUCGACAUCAUGCAUCACAUCGAGCAAAGAUAUAAUGCUGAGAUUCUGGAGAUAUGCGACCCUAGUGUGCCACUGCAAUAUCUCAGCAUCAACACAGCUAGAACGUUCGCAACCAAACUUCGCCUGAUUGCUCGUAUACCAAUUGUCGAUCUAGACCGCGACUGGGAGGAUCCCACUGGCUUCUCAGAGAAUGCUUUCCUGUUGAGCAUGGAUUUGUUGCAGCUCCAAGUAGACCUUUGGUGUGAGCCCAUGGUAGCGCAAUGGCGAUGGCAUUGGCAAGCGCAUUUCCAGUGGUAUGCAUUGGUAAGCUUGCUGCGUCAGACCCGUCUGCGGCAAACUGGACAUGGUAUCUCUCGAGCCUGGAUGCUGAUUCAAAAGGCCUUCGAGAUUAUCAUUCCCACACUGGAGCUGGGUGAGAGGAAGAGUCUACUCUUGUCUGGUAUCCACAACCUUCUAGACGCUGCGAAACGGCAGCAGGAUCAGGCGGACUCUGCGGCCCAUGACCGGAAGCCUCCAGCGCAGCGGAACACGCCUGUCAUGGUGCAGCAGCCGGGACCAGCGAUGCCUCCGAAUGGCUUCAGCGCUGGGUAUGGUGCGAGGCCUCACACGGCUGUUCUUCCCAGUAUGGAGCAGGUUCGCAGUCAAGCGCAGACUCCAGUAUCUUUUGGCGUUUCGGCGACGGCAUUAGAACAAGCAGAUCCAAUCUUUGGCCUUGACCUGGAUGCCAUCGAUUGGGUUGAGUUCGAUCGUCUUGCUACGGAGCUCUGCCAACAGUAA